CCGUAAUUAAGAAGGGAAUUAUCCAAAGUCUUCCCCCUUAGUCCCUCUCCUCAAACGAAAUGGAAACAUUGGGUUCAGUUUCGCACGCACCCAGACCUUUUUAAUUCCCUCGGUAUCAUUUGGCUUCCUUUACAUUUUCUCCGUACCAAUCUCGCCGCCACCGGUGGAUUUCCGGCGAUCUGUUGUCUCCGGUCGCGGUUUAUCAUCUACGGAGUUUGUAUUUAUUCUGUUAGGGUUUGCGACUGUCCUCGUUCUAUCAAGGUCUGAAUCUCGGCCUGCCGUAUCGAUUUUAGGGUUUCUGUUUUCUCCAUUUUUCGAGGAUUGAAUCAUCGUUUUCUCGAGUGUCUCGGGUUGAGUAAUUUUGGUUACGGAAGUUACUCUCUAGGGUAUUUGAAUUUUUCGUGCUCGAUUCGGCUUUUGGGUCGUCAAGGAUUUCGUUUUUUCUUCUCACUGUUCAGUGAUUUCCGGAGAUGCCGCGGAGUUCGAGGCAUAAAUCGAGCAAGCAUAGCUCUAGGGAUGCGAGAGAGCACUCUGAUUCGGAGAAAGAAUCUAGUUUGAGGGAGAGAAAGAGCAAAGGCGAGAGUAGUAUUAGGGUUUCGAAGGAAUCGGGUUCGGGAGACAAACGCAAGCUUGAUUCCAAGGAGUAUUACGAUUCAUUCAACGGUGAGUAUGGGGAGUACACUUCCUCGAAACGCCGCAAAGAAAAAACAGAAGACAGCGUUAAUGAUAGGUGGAAUGGCGGAGAUGGGGAUAGAGGGGAGAGUCUGAAGAAGUCGAAGACUUCAAGUGAGAAGAGUAGGAGGAGAGAGGAAGUAGAGGGUGAAGAGACGAGGAAAAAUAGUUCUAAGAGUGACGGAAAACAUAGGGAAUCAAGUCGAAGGGAAAGCAAGGAGAUUGGGAAGGAGAAGGAUCGAGACAGAGACAGGGAUCGCGACAGGAAGCAUAAAGAAGGGAAGAGUGAGAAGUUGUAUGAUGGUGAAGACCACUAUGGAUCCAAGGUGGUCUCUGAUAAAACUGACUUGAAUGCUCAAGAUCAGUUGCAAAGUCCAGGGUCGGAAAAUUAUUCUCAGAAGCGAGCAAGGCGAAAGAAGGAUGACUAUGGUGAUGGGGAUAAGCAUCAAGAUAGCGUCAACGAUGUAAGUGAGAGGCGGGGUGAAAACAUUAAAGAUGGCUAUGUUAAAGAUGGAAGACAGAAGGAAGAGAAUCCUGGAGAUGUUGAAGUUGAGAAACAACGGGGUGAAAAGCAGAAGGAUGACCGACCCUCUAAAGAACACUCAAGGUCUGAUGAUAAGCUCUUCUAUUAGGCUUCUGAAAGUAAACGGAGGAAAUCAAAAUUUCAGGAGAACGACCAUGACCUUGGGCAUGAGCCUGACAGUGAACAUGAUGGAUAUCGUGACCGUUCUCGUGAUUAUGAACGCAGUCGAGACUAUGAUCGAGGUCGAGAUCGGGACCGUGAGCAAGAUAGGGACUGGGAUCAUGAGCGAGAUAGGGAUCAUGAUCGGAAUAGAGAUAGGGAUCGGGAGCGUGAUCACGAUCCCGAUCACGGUCUUCGCGAUUAUGAGCAUGACAGGGACCGUGAUCGGAGUAGAGAUCGAGACAGGGGUCAUGAUAGGGAAAGGACCCGUGACAGAGAGAAAGACCGUAGUCGUGAUUACUAUCAUGAUCGAGAACGAAGCAAAGGCGAAUGUGACAGAGAUUUUGAUCGGGACAGCCGCCGUCAAAAGGAUAGUAGGGAAAGGAGGAAGUCUCCAGAUGAUCAUGAUCACCUGAGCGACAGCAAAUCUAGGACUGUCGUAGCUCAUGUUGAAAUGGAAUCUAGAAAUAACAGAGAACAGCUGGAUAAUGACAGGAUAAAAUCGCAGUCACGUCAUCCCUCCGGUUCUCAUGGGGAUCAAGAUGAUAUCGGGCAUAUGUCGGAUCUGAGAUCAAAAGGGAUCUCUUCCAGGGACACAGCUGAUCUGUCUGGAGGAUCAGAGAGAGGUUCAACAUAUAGAGCUUCUGAGAAAUCAGGAAAAGUGGAGGAUGGUUCUUUCGGUGAGUUGUCGGUUGAAAGGUCUUCCAGUUCAAAAGCUUCACCACAGGGCUUAAUUGAAAAAUCCCCCUCUUCGACAAGUCUUGAGCGUAGAUACAUAAACCGAAUUGGUACAAGACGGAGUCUUGAGGUCGAAGAAACAGGCCAGAGGAGCAACACUCGAGAGCUUUUGGCUCAUGAGGAGAGAUUGAGUAGGGACUUAGCCGCUGAGAAGUCUUUUGGAGAUGAUUCGUCCCAGGUGGGACUACCCUUUAGCAAUAAAGCCCACCAGAACAACUCGUCUUUCCCACCACGUCCAGAAUCCAGAGGUGGAAUUGGCAGUCCUAUGGUGGGCUCUCUUGAAGAGGAUAACAGGGUCAAUGUCGGUGGGCGUUACAAAAGGGGUGGUGAUUUGAAUAUGGGAAGAGGACAAGGGAAUGCAUGGAGGGGCGCACCAAACUGGCCUUCUCCAGUUCCAAACGGAUUUAUUCCAUUUCCACAUGGGCCUCCUCAUGGAGGUUUUCAAUCUUUGAUGCCCGGAUUCCCAUCUCCUUCUCUCUUUGGUGUCAGACCUUCAAUGGAAAUGAAUCAUUCCGGAAUCCCUUAUCACAUGCCUGAUGCCGAGAGGUUCUCUGGUCACCUGCGACCACUCGGGUGGCAACAUAUGGUGGAAGGGUCAGUCCCUUCUCACAUGCAUGGGUGGGAUAUGAGUAAUGGUGUUUUCAGGGAUGAGCCACACAUGUUUGGAGGAGCUGAGUGGGACCAUAGCAGGCGAGCUCGUAGCCGGGGUUGGGAGUCUAGUGUAGAUUCAUGGAAAGCCCAAAAUGGGGGAAUGAGCAUGGAUGUCUCGUCGGUGUCCCAAAAGGAUGAUGAGCAGUCAAGACAAGCUGUGGAUGAAAAUGCUCUUACUGGCCAGACGAGUCACUCUGAAAAUAACAGGGCAAAAAGCGUGGAGGCUGUGUCUAAUCUAACGUCUCCUGCAAAAGACUUGGCAAUGGAUUCUCCUAAAAUCCAGAUUGAAGAUACAUCUGGCCGUCCUGUCUCAAAGACGGAGGUCAACGCUGAGAGUUAUGGGCGAUAUUAUCUCUCUAAGCUUGAUAUAUCAGUAAAACUUGUCGAUGCUGAGCUGCAGAACGAGUACGUGGGCUUACUAAUGGAUGAACAGUGUCCAAUAACUGACGAGGGAACUGCCGUGGUAAUAAAUCUCAAGGAUGAAGGGAAAACAUUGUUAAAGGGUGACUAUGCCACCUUGUCGAGGUUUUCGGUGAUUCCUACUGCAAGGAGUUCAUUGUUUCAGGUGGCUAUGGACAUGUACAAGGAGCAGAGAGUAGAGGUGAAGGGGCUUCCGAAUAUGGAAAAAGAAAACGAGGGGUGUCCUGUUGCCAAUCCGGAUGGUGGUGAUGAAGCAAAGGAAGAGGAGGAUUGCUGUAUCAGAGGAGCAUCAGAUGUGGAAAUAUCACAAGAGAGGCUGGAAGAAGCUGCGUCGUCAUCGGAGGCGGAGGCAGAUGGUGGUGAUGAUGAUGUCAAGUCAAGAGGGGAUGAUGUUACUGAUGAGGAGGAGGUGGUAAGGAGAGGGGAAGAAUUAGUAGUUGCUGAGACUGGUGAGUCAGUAGUAAUUAGUCGACGGAUACGUCAAAGUACACAUUGACCCCACCUCUCUGCUUUUUUCAUCCCCUUCCAUUUGCGGCUCUGCUCCAAAAAAAACAAUAAAUUAUUUUCUUUUAUUAUUUCCCUUUUUCAUUUGUUC